CUAUCUGCAUCACGAGGAUCAAACGAUGAAGAUAAUAGAGCCGUGGAGACGAUUCUUAGGCUUUAUGAAGCAAUUAAGAACAAGAAUCCUAAUGAAAUGUCGGAGAUCAUUGGACAAGAUUGUCAAUGUGUAUGCAGUUUCAUCUCCAUGUUCAAAAUCUUUAGCGGGAAAAAGCUAGUGAUAGAAUUCUUCUCUUCUCUAAUGAGUAACUUAGGAAAUAAGUUCGAGUUUGUGGUACAACCCACACUACAUGACGGAAUGACCGUCGGAGUUUCGUGGAAAAUAGAAUGUUGCAAGACUCAUCAACCAAUUGGAAAAGGUUUUAGUUUCUAUAUGUGUCAUAUCUACCAAGGGAAGGUGCUUAUAAGGAACGUUGAGAUGUUUUUGGAGCCAUUUUCAUAUAUUGAACCCACUCGUUUGAAAAUGAUGGGACUUGUAGCAGGCAUUGUGGGACAAAUGGCUUCCCAGACAAUACUCAAAGGCGAAAAGAAAAGAGCUGCAUACGUUUUGUGGAGCCUAUUCACACUCGGAUUGCUAUUCACCGUUGUAAGGCUUUAUCGAUCUGCCACUCUUUGUAAACCAUAGAAUCACAUUUUCCAUACGAGAGAUUUCACUACAAACUGUCUCGAUCUUUACAGCAGUAUAUUUCUUUGUGUCUGUUUGUAACACCCCAAUUAAGAAGAGAUAAUCGGAUGUCACAAAAAAAGCACAACAUGACAUGAAAUUACAUAGAUAUUACUAUAUGAACAAAAAAAAAACACAAUUAAAUUAAAUGUACCUAGUACUUUAUUACAUAAUUUCUUUCAAGACAUCCAGGCUUUUUAGCCAAAGUCUCUCUAAUGGAAGAUGCUCUAACCUCCUUAUCCAAUCUGUAAGCUCUAGCAGCCUCAACCUUAGAUAUGUCAACACGAAGUUGGUGGGUUCGUAAGUUGU